UCUAACCCGGAAGUGGUUCUUUAGCGAGUUGGGCGGACAAGAUGGCGGUAGCUGUACGCACUUUGCAAGAACAACUGGAAAAGGCAAAGGAGAGUCUGAAAAAUGUGGACGAAAAUAUACGGAAACUGACCGGCCGGGACCCGAAUGAUGCCAGGCCGGCACCAGCAAGGAGGAUGACUAUCACAGGCCCAAAUGUGGUUGGAGGUAGAGGCCGUGGUGGCAUUGUGCUACGGCGUGGACUCUCAGAUGGAGGAGGAGGACCCCCAGCUAAACAGCGGGACUUUGAGGGUGCACUUAGCAGGCUGGGUGGGGAGCGUCGCCAGAGGAGAGAGUCACGCCAGGAAAGCGACGCUGAGGAAGAGGAUGAUAAGAAACCAGCGUUGCAAUCCUCUGUUGUUGCUACCUCCAAAGAGCGUACACGCCGAGACCUCAUACAGGACCAGAACAUGGAUGAAAAGGGGAAACAGAGGAAUCGGCGAAUAUUUGGCCUGUUGAUGGGUACCCUUCAAAAAUUCAAACAAGAAUCUAAUGUUGCCACAGAGAGACAAAAAAGACGACAAGAAAUUGAGCAAAAGCUUGAAGUGCAGGCAGAAGAAGAGAAAAAACAGGUGGAAAAUGAGAGGAGAGAACUUUUUGAGGAAAGACGUGCCAAACAGAUGGAAUUGCGACUAUUGGAGCAGAAAGUUGAACUGGCACAUUUGCAAGAAGAAUGGAAUGAACACAAUGUGAAAAUUGUCAAGUAUAUAAGGACCAAAACAAAACCCCACCUGUUCUACAUACCUGGUAGAUUGUGUCCCCCCACUCAGAAGUUAUUAGACGAUUCGCAGAAAAAAAUGAAUAGUAUAUUUGAAAGUAGACGAACUGAAUUUGCAGAGCAGUUGAAUAAAAUGGAAGCUAGGCCUAGACGCCAUUCCAUGAAAGACAAAGAUCAAGAAAAGAAGCACGAUGAUGAAAAUGAAGAACAGAAGGAGGACCCAGAAGAUGGUAAGGUGGCUCGGCAUGAGGUAGAUGAGGAGACAGGUAACCUGCCUAAUGACAUAGAGAUGGAGGACACCUUUGAGGAAGAAAAGGAUGUUAGUGUUACUAUAAGAGAUGUAGAAAUUGUGCAGGAGAGUAGGCUUAUGGAAGAUGGUGAUGAUAUUAAGGCUGAGGAAAAGAUUGAGGAAGAGGGUAGGGUUGAGGUAGAGGAGCCGCAGAUUAGUAAAUGGGAAGAAAGGGAGACAGAGGUUGAGGAAGAAGUAAAAGAGGAAGAGGAGGAUAGAAGAGACAACAUUGAGGAAGAGGAGCAGCAGCAGUCAAUGGAUACUAGUCAGAUAAGUGUUUACCAAUCAUGUGAUGAAUUUAACCAUAGUAGGGAAGUAGAGAGUGACGAGAGAACGGAUGAUCAGCCAGAAAGUAAAGUACAUGAGGAAACGGAAUCUGAAAGGACAAAUGAGCCUGAAUCUCAAGUAGAGCCUACAGAAAAACAAGAAAAGGGACGGGAGACAGAACUUAUGUUCCAUCCGCCAGCUGAUUAUGAGCCCCAGACAAGGCUAGAAACCCAUUACCAUGUGGAAGAAGAGCCGGUGCCCGAAAAAGAGGAAGCUAUAGUAACAGCUGUAAAUAACACAGAGCCCCAGGUAGAGCAGGUCCAGAUUACUUCCUCAGAACAUAAAGAGAAGAGGAGCAGAAGCAGGGGAAGGACCAAGAACAAAGUAGGCAAGAGCAGAAGCCGCAGUAGUAGCACCAGUAGUUCUAGCAGCAGCUCCAGUUCAAGCAGUAGUGGAAGUAGCUCCAGCAGCAGUAGUAGUCAAAGUAGUUCUAGCAGUAGUAGCAGCAGCAGCGGGAGCAGCAGCAGGGAUAGUAGUAGCAGCAGCAGUAGUAGUAGCAGUGAGUCUCGUAGCCGGAGCAGAGGGAGAGGACACGUCAGAGAUGAGAAACGCAGGAGAAGUGUUGAGCGGAAGCGAAGAGAAAGAGAAACAUCUGGAGCAGAGAGGAGUCACAAGUCUUCUAAAGUCAGUAGCAGAGACUCCAAAACAUCCAAGGAGAAAGUUUCGUCAAGGUCUGACCAGAAGAGGACUGUUUCUGAUGGUAGCCGGUCAGGGAAAAGGCCGUCAAGAAGUGAGAGAGACCGUAAAUCAGACAGGAAAGAUAAAAGACGCUGACCAGAUUGUGGUCUGGACUGUAGUAGAACAUGGUGCUGCCUUAACAUUAGCAUGGUACUAAUUGUUUUGGAAAGCACAAUGGAAAUAUUUUUAUUUUACCUUUUUCCAUUAUUUUUGUAAUUUGGUGGUUUAACAGAGGUGUAAGCUCAAAGUUCUUCAAAUAAAACCAUAAAGGAUUUUUUUCCCAGUAUCUUUGCCUCUUUUAUUUGGUAGCGUUAAUUUUACCAAUGCUUUUUCUGGUUUGUAUUAGUUUGAAGUAUGAGUACAUCAUACUGGAUCCCUGUAGAUGAUUGAUGGAUUGUGUUAACUAAAAUUUAUUUUCCCAUUUUAAUCAGUGAAUGGAUGUACAGUCAUAAGAUAGUGUCUCUUGGCUGUAACAAUUACUUGUUUUUAUAUCCCUUACCCUAAAAUACAGAUAACAUCAGUAUUUAGAUAGCAUAGAAAAUUAUAGAACUGUGAAUUCGUUUUCCCUUUAUCUUAUUGGAGACCCCACAAUGGCUCCACUUUCUGUGAAAAAAAAAAAUGUUUUAACAUUUUGGUCUGAGCAACAUCUCAGGGUGACAUCAAAUGGUAUAUGUACAGAUUUUGUUUUAUUUAGUAGAACACGUUUGAAGUAUAAUACAUUUUAAAUCUAUGACCUAGCCAAACUCUUGUCUGCUUUGUAUGUGUUUAAACAUUUUUUUGUAAGACCAGUUGCGAUUGUUCGGCUGUUAUGUGCAAAUAAAUAACUUUUGACUAGCA